AUGGUCCUUGAGCUCCAUGUCUGGGGCCCCGCGUUCUCACUGCCCUCUAUCGAUGCGCAAUGCCUCGCAACAAUUGCCUAUUUUUCCCUGACCGUCCCCAAGGACUCAUGGGUUCUUGUCGCAAGUAGCGAUCCAACCGUCUCUCCUACACAAGAGCUCCCCGCUCUAAAGAAUGGCUCAACUUGGGUGAGCCGGUUCCGCAAUAUCGUGGAUUACCUCCGGCAAUACUCAAGUGGCGCAUGGGAUUUAGAUCGCGGUCUGAGCGUGCUCAACAGAGCAGAUAGCGUUGCCUUCUCCUCCUUCGUGGAAUCCCACGCCCAAGCCUUUAUUGACCUAUCCCUCUACGUUACCAGUCAGAACUACUACAAUAACACGUCUCCAGCGUAUGGAGCGAUUCUCCAAUGGCCGAACCAAUGGAUCCUGCCCCCGCAGCUGCACACCACGGCAAAAACUCGGACUGAGCCGUUGGGCUUAUCUUCGCUUGACCUAGAAGCGACGGAGGAACAACGCAAACGAGACCACUCGGCCGAUGUGGCAGCCGGCCGCAUCCCACAGAACUUCAUUCGCCGCCCCCGAGAGACAGUAUCUAAUCUCCUGGGCAAGACGACACGGAAGCACCAGUUCCGACUCGAGGCGUUGACAGGGGAGUUGUUCGAGCCUCUCGAGGCUAUGCUUGAUGAUAAGGAAUAUCUACUUUCUGGAGGGGGCCCAUCAAGCCUAGACUGUCUCGCGGUGGGCUAUUUGAGCCUCGCGCUGGUCCCGGAUCUGCCCCUCCCAUGGCUACGUGAUUCGAUGCAGCGGAAAGCACCGCGGUUGUCACAAUAUGUCGAGCGCACACGCCGAGAACUCUACGGAAUUGUGGAUGUCUCGGACGCCUUCAAGAGCGGUGCAGGCUCAUCGCUCCCAUGGCAGGCGCCUGAACGGAUCAGUAUCGGCAGCAUUGGAACAUCGCUGCUCACUAGCCUCGCGGACUCGACGCCAAUUCUCAAGGAGAUUCGCAUGAACAACCGAUUACGUGAGACUGCCGAAUCCUCCGAAUCCGGGCUAUCCGAUGUUGAGAGCAAGUCGUUGUCAGCUUAUGCGAGCGGGCAGAGGAAAGAUACGCUCCUCUCCGUAGCGACCGUGAUAGGUGGUGUAGCUGCAUUAAUCGGUUAUAUGGUCCACAUAGGUGCGAUCUCAGCACCCGAACCCCAGCAACACCAGGAACACGAGGAAGAACGUGGAGAGACGCCCGGACCUAUGAACGCGAACCAAUUCCUUGGUCUCGGUGGCAUGAAUGCAACAGCAUGA